AUGGCGCUCGCGGCUGCUUCCAACGACAAGAGACGAGUCAAGGUGUAUGAGCUCAAGAACAAUGACUGGUACGACCGUGGCACCGGCUUCUGCGUCGGCAGCGUCUUCAGCAGUCCGCAGGCCCCGCCGGAGCUGCUCGAUGCGCGCGUGGUCGUGACGAGCGAGGAAGAGCCCGAUCGCACAUUACUAGAGACUCGCCUGACGAAAGAUGAUGGGUACCAGAAACAGCAGGAGACGCUCAUCGUCUGGACCGAGACCAGCGGCGUGGACAUGGCGCUGUCAUUUCAAGAGGCGGAUGGGUGCACGCGCAUAUGGGAAUUCGUCAGCGAUAUCCAGUCGCGCCUCGUGCAGGAUGAUGGCAUCUCGGACGAUCUGGGCGAUCCUGCUCACCAGAUCACCUUACCUGAGCCUGCGCUCGGGAAGCUGGACGAGGUCAUGGAGGCCAUCAGAGCUGCCUCUCAAUCGCCAACCGGACGAGACGCUCUGGCAAAAUUCGUCAUGAGCCCAGAGCAGAUGUACAUCCUCCGAGUGGGCGCCCUCAUCGAACAGGCCGAAGAGAAGUGCGCAACGCAGGAGCUGCAUCGACUUUGCACCAUCAUGAAGCACCUGAUCUUGCUAAACGACACGUCGAUAAUAGAGUAUGUCGUGACGGACCAGGCCAUCAUGGGCGUGGUGGGCGCGCUCGAAUACGAUCCGGACUUUCCUUCACACCGCGCCGACCACCGCCGCUAUCUCUCGGACACGUCCAAGUUUAAAGAGGUCGUCAAAUUCGAGCACACCGAAAUCAAGAAGAAGAUUCACUACACCUAUCGUCUGCUGUAUCUGAAAGAUGUCGUGCUGGCGCGUAUCCUGGACGACCCGACCUUCUCUGUUCUCAACUCUCUCAUAUUCUUUCACCAGGUUGACAUUGUGAAUCACAUCCAAUCAAAUCCACAAUUCCUACAGCAACUCUUCGGCAUAUUCGAGGAUGCUGAUGCAGAAGCGCGACGGAAGAAGGAUGCAGUUCUGUUCAUACAACAAUGUUGUGCAGUGUCGAAAAACAUUCAGGCGCAGUCACGGGCGCAGCUGUACCACAACUUCAUCCACCAUGGACUCUUCGCCGUCAUCACUUUUGCUUUGCGGAAUCAGGAUCCCAGUGUGCGGGUUGCAGGCACGGACAUAUUGGUUUCGCUAAUUGACCAUGACGCCCAUCUAGUGCGGAAUCAUAUCUUCAAGUCGAUCAGCGAAAAGACUGUGCCGCUCACGGAUACUCUGAUCGAGCUUCUUCUCGUUGAGGUUGAUCUGGGCGUCAAGAGCCAAAUGGCCGAUGCCCUCAAAAUCCUGCUCGACCCUUCUUCUAGUAGCGCUGGAAUGGAAGUUAUGAACAGAACGGGAGGGCAGGAUGUUAUGAAGCGUGGCGGCCCAGGCGAACAUCAUGGUAUCCGGAUUCCCCCGCAGGUACAAGCAUUCAUUCAGAACUUCUACGAUGAGGGCGCAAAACGCCUGUUCCAGCCGCUCAAAGAUCUGGAGAAGCGAACGACGAUGGUCGGCCUGACCGUGCAGGAGACCAGCCUCUACACGCAUCUUGUCGAAGUGCUGUGCUUCUUUGUGCGACAACACGCAUACCAGAGCAAGCUCUUCAUCCUGUCGGAGAAUCUGCACGCUAGGAUCGCGCAGCUGUUACGAUGUCCGCAGAAGUACAUGAAGCUGAUCGCGCUUAAGUGGUUUCGAACAUGCAUCGGGCUUCAGGACGAAUUCCACAACCGGCAGCUCAUCCAACACGGGCUGUUUGAGCCCAUUAUCCAAAUCGUAUACGAGACCAUGCCUCGGGAUAAUUUGCUAAACAGCGUCUGCCUUGAGCUAUUUGAGUACAUCAAGCGAGAAGGAAUCAAGCAGCUCGUCUAUCACCUGGCUGAGACAUAUCGGGACCGGCUCAUGAGCAUCACAUACGUCAACACCUUCCAAGGGAUAGUGAUGCGUUACGAAGCGUUCCAGCAGCCGUACGUCACAUCUCACCCUGAAGGAGAGACGAGCUUUACAACAGAACCUGACACACCUGAUGCGCUCAGAGGGCGAAUGAUGCAGGGACGGCAACUAUUCAGUGGGCUGAAAGAGGAUGCCAAUGAAGACGCAUACUUCAAUGGCGACGACGACGAUGAAAUGCUGGGCGACGAUGAUGAGCUCCAGCUACCCACCGCCGCAUCAACACGCCUGCCUAAUGGGCACACUGUCGGCUCAUCGAAACCUUUGGUCGACUACCCUGACGACGAUGAUGACGACGACGACUUUAUGGAUCUCACAGCAAGCUCACCGGACAUCAAGCAAGAAAAGAAGACCAGCAGCAGCAAUACCUUGUCAUCAGAAGAUGCACCCAGAGGACGAGAUCGAUCACCCAAAGACAUUACCGGCCUGCAACAGAGUCCACCCGAGCCAGUAGCUAUCAAACGUCGACGAGAAGACGAUGACGACGACGAUGAGUUGGGCAAGAUGAUGGGCGGAGGCGUUAAGCGGAGGAACAGCUCGGCUUCGAUGGGCAGCAACAGCACUCUGGGUGUGUCGCAGUUGAAGGUGGAGAAAUUGGAGGGAUCAAGUGAAGAUGCGUUUGAUUCGUCUCCGAAAAGCGUCAAACAGGAGGAGCAGCAGCAGCAGAGUCCUUUGCCAGGACACGGGCAUGUUCUUAGGAGGAAAGGGAGUCUCAAAGUUAAGAACGAGGGACCUACGAAUCCCGGGCGGUUCGCAAUCAAGCCGGUCAACACUCCUGGUGCGAAGGCUGAGGAAGGAGAGCAGACGAAUGGGAAUGGAAACGGGGGUGAUGCUGGUUGA